AUGAAGAGCGUUCUUGUUCGUGCCAGGAUCAUGCUCGGCCUUGCCCUUAUGUCGCUCGUCAUAGCGCUUAUUAACAGAGUUGACGCGCAUGAAGAUCCUACAGAGAAUGACAAGCGUCAACAGGUGGCUAGACUGGCAGACUUUCGGUCCACGUAUCGUCGUCUGUAUAUUUACGAUCGUGCACAGCCAGUCAGCCCGAUGCUUCUUAAAACCUAUCCCAAAGCAGCCAUGGAUAUCAUCGACAAGCUGAGCCUUUUUGGCACUGCUCACUGGCCCAAGAGUAAGGGUCUCUCACCUCGUUGCCGUGAUCGAUGGUGCAUUGCAUCCGCAUAG